GGAGACGGCGGCACUGAACCUGAGCAGAGGACUGGCGGCCGGCCCUCCGCUCCUCCCUGGCCGGGGAAAGGGUGGGCCUUCCGGCCCUGGAGCCCACCGACGACUCUGCCGCCGAGCCACCGGAUACAUUCUUCUCUCCUUGAUGGAGAUCGACUGCACUGGUCAAGGAUGAAGAGCAGCCCACAUAGACCCCUGAUUCUCAAGAGACGGAAACUGUCUCUCUCUCACACUGAUUCAUCUGUCAGCCAAGGAAGAGAUGAACCAAGUAAAGGAUCCCCUGAGCAGGAACUAGCAAAAACUGAUGUACACGAUACAAACAGACAGGAGCACGUAAUUCAGAGAGUGUUUCCAGGAAUUAAGAUCAUUGACCAUCCCACCAUGUCAAAUACACAGGUGGUAGCUGUUCCUGCCAAUGCAGAUAUCCAAAGUAUCCUUGAGGCUUUGAUGACUAGAGGAAAAAAAUCUGGUGAUAAUGGGCCUAACAAGUUUAUUCUCAUCAGUGGUGAGAGCAGGAAUCCCCAGAUGGAUUUAAGAGCAGUUCAAACUGAAGAUCAGUACGUCAUUGCCAGUAAUGUCGCACAGAGAGUGGACAAGUGCAGUGGGGAAAGCUCUGCAACAAUAGAAGAGUCAGUAUCUUGUGCCUCGGAGUCACUGUCGGUGGGAGGACAAGAACAGGAUGGAAAUGGCAGUGGGGAGACAAGUUGCAGCCUGGAUAACAGUUUGACUAAUAUCCAGUGGCUGGGCAAGAUGAGCUCCAGUGGACUGAGUCCGUGCGGUGUGAAAAAAGAAACGGAGAAGGAGAACCAAACCCCAAAGCACAAAACAAUUAAGAUUGAGGAAGACUCUACAGCUUCUUCCUCUACCUCCUCAUGGCUGGAGUCAUUCACCGAAAGACCUCCCUACUCCUACAUGGCCAUGAUCCAGUUUGCCAUUAACAGCACUGAGAAGAAGCGCAUGAUGUUGAAAGACAUCUAUACCUGGAUUGAGGAUCAUUUCCCUUACUUCAAGCAUGUAGCCAAACCAGGCUGGAAGAACUCUAUCCGGCACAAUCUUUCCCUUCAUGACAUGUUUGUUCGGGAGACAUCUGCCAAUGGCAAAAUCUCCUUCUGGACUAUUCACCCUGAAGCUAAUCGCUAUUUGACACUAGACCGGGUGUUCAAGUCGUUGGAUGCGGGGUCACCAGCAUCACCUGAGCUCUUGGAAUCACAGCAAAAACGGCACACUGUGGAUCUGCAGAAGAAUCUAGGAGGCUCUAGUAGCCAAAAAACUGAACUACAGACUACACGUCGAAAAAUGAAGCCCUUGUUGCCACGUGUCAAUUCUUACUUGGUUCCAAUCCAGUUCCCAGUGAGACAGUCCCCCAUAUUUCAUCCCUCUUCGAAGAUGCCUGUGCCUCAUGGUACCUCUGAGAAGCUGAAGAAUAGCAAGCAGGUGCGCAUUGCUCCAAAGGUGCCAUCAUCCACUGAAGAGCCAGCCCUGUUCUCUGCAAAUUCCAUAAAGGAGGAGAUUUGCUCUAGUGAGGACUUGUCUCCAUUUGCCUCCACAAAGGAGGAUUCCUGUCAGAUCAGCAGAGCUUUUCCUACAGCCCUGACUAUUAAAGAAGAGAAUGACACCUUUUAUUCCACAGAAUGGGUCUCUCCUACAGCACUAUCUAUAAAAGAAGAGCCAACAAAACUUGACAAAGAACUGAAUGUAUGCCUUCCAGCUCCGCCUGUAGAACAGAAGAGACGGUUUACAGCCUUCACGUUGCCACCCCAGCACACGUUGGAUACAAUGCCUAUAAAGAGGCAAGAAAGGCAUAAAACUGGCAAAUCCAGAAGGAAGCAGCACUUAUCCCUGCCUUGUUCAGAAGAACCAGUUAUGGUUCUGCCAUCCAGUGGUAGUUCAGAGUCAUUCACACAUGACCUUCCAUUUGGGCAAGAAACUCUUGCUGUGGUAAACUCAUCUCAGCUUAGUUGCUUUCAAGAGGAAGAUGGUCCCUUUAAAACUCCAAUGAAAGAGAUGUUCAACAAACUACCAGCUUCUUCCACCCCUAGUAAAACUUCUGUAGCUGCUCCACCUUGCCUAGCACUUACUGACACCUGGAGACUGGCACCUUUUGUCAAAGAAACUAGUGAUCUGGAUUUCACCCCUGUGAGAACCCUUCCAGUACCUUUACUAUCCCUCCAGGAGGAUGUAGAUCUUUUGGGAUUUUGUAGCACUCCCCCAAGACAAUCCCUCUGUGAUUCCCCACAUCUGCCACUUCUAAAUGCAGAAGCCAAUGCUAUGGUCUCUGGCCCCUUGACAAGCUCUCCUGCACCCAGCAAGCAGUCAUCCCCAGAGCUUCAAGUCUCUGUUCUUUCAGAAAACCAUUCACUCAUGGAAGGCCUAGUCUUGGAUACUAUGAAUGACAGUCUAAGCAAAAUCCUACUUGAUGUCAGUUUUCCUGGGCUUGAUGACAACCUUGGUACUGAUCUCAGCUGGUCACAUCUAAUUUCUGAGCUGAAAUGACCCAAGUUGGCUCAUGGAUUCUGAAACUUCUCACUGAAAAUAACUAAGGAGCACAGACAAUGUUUUGUUAACUGAUCCCUACAUUGUGGUACAUAGUAGAGUAAACUUUUUAUAGAGCUGCUGAUAAAUUGGCCUCGAUGUUGCUUAGCACUGGAUAUUGCUGUUGCUUAUUCAGAGGUCCAGUACACUGAUAUGAAUAAUCAAUAAUAUUCAGUUCUAAGUCAGUUCUUUAUUAAAUGCUUUAGGGGAAAGUAAUUUCCAUGUAAAGGCCUUCCAUUUGGCAUCCAGUAGAUUUUGCUCUUUGUAAAUAUGUCUAAACUCCCUUUUACUAUUAUAAAAAGGAUGCCCAAAUGCAGAGGACUGAGCUUUUGUAUUUUUAAGAGCGACAGAGGAAAUUUUAGCAGGUUCAUCCUGGAACAAGAAGGCGGGGGACGGACAAGAACUCUUAAUACUACACAAAUAAAUACAGGAACUCUGAAACCUUAGAUCUAAGAACUCAAAACACAAUAACUAUAUUCUUUACUUUUACGGUUCACACUUUCUUCCAGGUUUGGGUGCACUUAACAGAAAGAGAUAAGAAAUUUAGCAGUUGAAGUAUUUUCCAUCCAUAUGUACCUUUCAGGAAAAGCUUCAGCUGCUGAAGAGUUCUUAUCGCUCUAUUUAAGGCACAGGAGUAAAGCCAAAAAAACUAAAUGACUACCCAUUCAGAAUUCAUACAACAGCAGUCUGAAGUAUCUCUUUUAGCAACAAGAAGAGAGACUUUAACGACUAUGUCAAACAUAAGGCUUAGCUGGGAUUUGCCUGACUAAAGCUAUUGCCUUUUCUUUUUAGCUACACACUGAUAACAGUUUUCCCUAUGAGGUGGUAGCAAUUAAAUAUCCAGCGCAACAAGAGGGCUAGUUGAGAUGUUGUAAAAUGACUCAAGUAGAAUGAUCCUAUAGAUGUGUUAAUGUUCCAAAUGUAAUCGUAAGUAGCCAUGAUGACAGACACUGUUUUCCACUUGUGAUCAAUUCAAUUAGGGAUGAUUUAAAACAAAAAUCAGGUCAUUACACCCAUCACAAAUUACAACCUGGUUUCACUCUCAGUGUAAUCAAAUGCUACUUUCUACAUAGGUCAUGCCACAGAAGGUUUCACGGGUCCCCCAUAACCCUCUAGCAUUGAGCACUGUUCCUUUUUAUAAUGUGAAGGAGGUUGAGCUUCCAAAAAGGACCAUGUAAUCUUCAACUGAAGAGGAGAGUGCUCUAAAGAGAGUAUGAAAUAUUAUUCUUCACAUUUUAAAGAUUUUACUGAUGCACACUAUUCCCACUUUGAUAUGGUAUUUUUUAAAAGAGAGAGGAAAGCUGUAUGAAGUGUAAUUUUAUCUUAUGUAAUGCCAGGAAUAAGAGUCUGUCCUUUAAAUUAAAAUAUGUGGAAUUUGAAAAAAGUAGUUUGUGUCUGUGUUCCUUGUAACCAGCUAUGCAAUAAAAACAA